AUGGUCCCCCAAGUCAAACAGGAGCCUGAUUCCCAGACACCAUACAUCAAACCCGACCCAUACAUCAAACAGGAUCCCGACAGCAAGGAUACGGUGCUCGCUGAUAUCGAGGAUGAAGACUUGUAUGAGGAUGCGGGCGAUCUAGACUUCUCGGCUGCAAACCAAAGCGUCUGGCUUUCACGGCUGCCCCGGUCACUAUGGGAACAUUGGGCGCAUCUGUCAAACAGCGCCGGCGAUGACGACGAGGAAAUUCAGAUCGGGACAAUGAGGAUCGAGGGUACACAGAAUGAUCUCAAACGGGUCAGUUUGCGCAUAAACGCACGAGAAGACAAUCGCGAUAUUCCUAAAGACUACCUACUGCAACGGCAAACGAUAACCUCAGAGAACGUUUCGCACUUGACGCAAAAUACGUACCUUUUCACGGAGAGGGACCUCCCAGGUCAUGAGAAUCGAAUGGUGGUUUUUGGCGAGGCGCGUUCGGCGCUCUAUGAGUCGAUGAAGCGGGAAAUGAAGAAGAAGGAGCGCAAGAAGAAAUGGGAGCCAUACGUUAGAAAAACUGUACCGAAACAAACGGCUCUGGUGGGGAGCGUGAGCGAAGAGUUCAACUGCCUUCCGGUCGAAAAUGAGGAAUUCCGGCGCCUUUCUGAGAAGAAGGCUCUGGAGGCACUCAAGCCGAAGCGUGAGACUGUAUUUAUCGAUAAGAUUCCGGGCAAGAUGCUCCAGCCGCGCAAUGCAUUGCCUGGAGAGAAGGGUGCUUUUGUGCAAGCAACGAGGCCAGCCAAGCCCAAGGCCCAGGAAAACAAAACCACGCGUAUGCCUCAAAACGAACUGUUGGAUCUUAUCUACCAGUGCUUCAGGGAAUACAAGUACUGGCCAUUUAAGAACCUCAAGGCGAGACUGCGACAGCCCGAGGCUUAUCUCAAACAAACUCUGGAAAUGGUUGCGCAUUUGGUCAAAGCUGGUGACUUUGCUAUGACCUGGGAGCUGAAGCCCGAAGCGAGGGAAAGCAACUACGCCAAUGCGAUGUACAAUGAUGCUAAGGAUGAACUCGCACCAGGAGAUUACAACUUCGAGGAUGGCUCUGAAGAGGAGGCCACUCCUUCUGGCAUGAUGACAGAUAAUGAUGAAGGACAGUUCGAGAACGUUGUCUAA